GCUGAGCUAACAGCUGCACCGAAUGUGUUUUGGUUUUGCUUUUGGCUCCCAUGUGUCCUCGUCAUGAGCUGUCUGCCUUUGGGGUCCUCGUUGAUGUGCGUCCAUGGAGACCAGGUGUCUUCAGUGUCUGCUGGAGGCUGAGAAGUUGGUACCAGAAUUGCUCAGAUUCAUCAGGACCGAAGUGGUGAGGGUUGAGUGGUUGGGCUUGUAAAGGUUCUAUUGUCACUUACUUAUAUCAAGUGACUUGUUUAUUUUGGCCCGAAGAAACCUUUUGGUCAAAUAAUUAUUCACUAUGAGGCUUUGAAAUACAUUUUAAGAAAAAUAUAAAAAAGAAAAUUCAUCAUUAACAUCUUUAAAGCAAUGCAUUACUGUUUUUUGUCACUCGCUAAUGUAAUCACUAUUAAUCAAAAUGUACUAGAUUUUCACAAAAAUGUGAAAUUUGCAACAGUUACAAUUAGUAUGAAUAAUUUUUCACAUGGCGUUUUUGAUCAAAUGUAAACAAGCAAUAAACAAAUAAGUAGAUAAAACAUAGAAAUUAUUCAAAUUUAUUACUGAUAUCUUUAACACAGUUCCUUCCAUCACUUGUUAAAAUAACUUCCAGUCAGAAGAAAUCUAUUUAAAAAAUCACUAUAAAUCAAAAUGUGUCCUGAAUUUUCACAGAAAUGUCAAAUUUGCAACAGUUACAGUUAGUAUGAAUCAUUUUUUAAAUGUCUUUUAUGGUAAAAAUGUAAACAAUCAAACAAAUACAAUAUAGAGAUAAUUAAAAUGUGUCACUAACGUCUUUAAUACUGUGUUUUUGUCACUUUUUUCUGUCAUUUUCAGUCAGGAAAAAUGCAUUGGUUUAAUCAAAAUUCACUCAUAAACCAAAAUGCGUCCUGGAUUUUCUCAAAAAUGUGAAAUUUGCAACAGUUACAGUUAGUAUAAAUAAUUUUUGACUUGAUAAAAAUGUGAACAAACAAACAAGCAAACAAAAAUAUAGAAAUAAUGUAAAUGUGUCAUUUACUUCUCUAUUACUAUGUUUUUGCCACUUUUUCUGUCAUUUCCAGCCAGAAAAAUGUAUUGGUUGAAUAAAAAAAAAUCACUACAAAUCAUAAUGUGUACUAGACUUUCUCAAAAAUGUGAAAUUUGCAACAAUUAGUAUGAAUAAUUUAUGACUUGUCUAUUAAAUGUGAACAAACAAAAAUAAAUUUAAAUGUAUCAUUAACUUCUCCAUUACUGUGUUUUUGCUAUUUUUUCCUGUCAAUUCCAGUCAGAAAAACAUAAUGGUUGCGGCAAUUACAGUUAGUACGAAUAAUUUUGUAAAUGGCGUUUAUGGUAAAAAUGUAAACAAAUAAAAUAUAGAAAUAAUUUAAAUGUAUCACUACCGUCUUUAAUAUUGUGUUUUUGUCACUUUUUGUGUCAUUCCCAGCCAGAAAAACUGAUUGUUUAAAAAAACAAACAAAAAAAAAAAAAACAACUAUUCACUAUAAAUAAAAAUCACCCCUCGGCAUGACUGAUUUUGUGCUCUUCGGUGUUUAAAACGUCUUCGCUGAGAGCAUGAACAACAUCUGGUUGUCAGUAGUAACCGUCUUAUUGUGAAAGUCUCCACCAGAAGCCUCGGUGCUGCCUGUGUGUCUGGACAGAGGGGGUACAUGGGUGAAACAUGGCCGCCGUAGACCCAUCGAAGUCUCCGAAACGACAGAAAACCCCUGCGGAGGAGGUGGAAACAUCUGGGGAGAGGACGCGGGCGGCGGAGACGGGCUGCGGCUCCGGGCAGAGGGAUGAAACGGCAGGUAACGAAGCCGCGGAGAGCCCCGGAGCGGAGCAGGCAGCCCGCGGUGGAAGCGACGGCGGCUGCACUGCCAGCCAUUCUGAGGUGAGUGUCGAGUCCGGUGCUGGAGUCGACACGACAUGCAUUUCACCGGAGGACCUAACGGCGCCUGAAAAGAUGGCCGAGGCUCCGGGCGGAGAGCAGCGGGAUUUCGACUGGUCAGAAACGGAAGACGACGACGACGAGGAGCCGCAAACACACACGGAGGGAGAUGAUAAGUGCGACCUCAGUAAUGCCACUGAGAGUACAGGAGUUAUGCAGCAUGUGGAUGACAAAUUCACCACAGAGGGGGGGAAACACUCACAGACUGCACCAGCUGGGGACGGGAUGGAGGACGCGGUCGACAACGACGAGGACCGAGGUGAGGAUUCAACUCUUAAACAGAAAAAGUGUCGUUUGGUGUGCAAGGAGUGCGGCAAGAGGUUCGACCGCCGCGAGACCUUCAACCUCCACCGCCACUUCCACGCUCACGAGGACGAGCUCAUGCCCCUCACCUGUAAAGAAUGCGGCCUUACCUUUCAGCACCGCAGCAGCCUCAUUAAACACAGAAACGAACAUAAGGAGAAGGACGAGCAGCUUCUCACCCCGAAGAAGGAGGUGCAAGCCAAGGAGGAGGGGAGCUUUGAAUGUGCAGAAUGCGAGAGGAUCUUCUCCACGGCCGACAAGCUGAGGGACCACAGCUGCAGCAAUACAGUAGAAAAGCCUUACCACUGCCCCCUGUGCCGCCAAGAGUUCCAAUUCAAGGUGUCCGUCACUAAGCACAUGAUGAUGCAUUCUCUGGAAAGCCACUACACAUGCCAAGAGUGCAACCAAACGGUCCCGAACGCCGUGGCGUUGCGCAUCCACCAGAGAAGUCACAACGCCCUCAAGCCCUACGAGUGCCCCGAGUGCGGGAUGGUUUUCAAACACUACUCCGUCAUGGAGGACCAUCGGCGCCGGCACACCGACAACAGCCGCUCUCACCUGUGCAACAUCUGCGGUAAGACUUUUAAAUACAGCAGCCUCCUCCAUCAGCAUCAGUAUCUGCACACGGGUCAGAAGCCCUUCCGUUGCCCCGAAUGUGGCAAAAAAUUUGCUUUUGCCCAGAACAUGAAGGCGCACUGCCGCCAGCACAGACUGCGUGAAACCGCCAAGGAGCAGCCCAGCAAACAGCCCCCUGUGCCGGUGCUGGCGGCAGCUACAGGGCCGGGGAAAGAGAACACGAACCAGAGCGAGGAACCAAAACGCACAUUCAACUGCCCUCUGUGUCCCCAGACCUACUGCGUGCCAGCUCACCUCAGAGCCCACAUGCUUAUUCAUGAGGCCGAGUAUGAGAAGCUGGAGAGGACGCCUCGACCCCCGAAGGAGAUUAACAAGUACUGGGAUAAAGGCCACACCUGUCCACACUGUCCGAGUGUCUAUCGCGAUGAGUCCAGUUUAAAUGUACAUCUGUUAAGUGUCCACAAGUCAGUUGCACAGUAUUUAGAAAAAAUGACAGCACCAGCUAAAAAGCAAUUUACCCCGUUAAGCACUGAAAAUGUGCAGGGGAAAUGGAAAACUGAAAACAGUAGUGUUAAAUCAUACAAGUGUUCAGAGUGUGGGAAAACUUUCCGCCAUCGCUCGGUGUUAGAGUUGCAUAUGCGCAUACAUUCCAAGGACAAGCCUUACCAGUGCAAAGUGUGCGGCAAGGGCUUUAGAUUCAGUAGCUACUUACAGCAACAUCUCAUCAUCCAUACAGGCAAGAAGCCAUAUAAAUGCCCAGACUGUGGGAAGGACUUUGCCUUCCUGCAGAACAUGCGAACACAUCAAAAGCUGCAUCAGGAAAAACCGUUCCGCUGCACCAGCUGCCGUAAAGGCUACAGCGACGAGACUCAACUACAGCACCAUAUGUUAUCGCAUAACGGUGACAAGCCUCAUAAGUGUGACUUGUGUGACAAGAGCUUCGGAUUAGCAUAUCUGCUCCGUGAUCACAUGAACACGCACACGGGAGAGAGGCCUCAUCGCUGUGAUGAGUGCCAUAAAACCUUCUCAUGGUUCAGCAGCCUGCUCGUGCACCAAAAGAUCCACGCUCGCAAGCGGCAGGGUUUCAGCCCAUAUAAUUCUCUCCCGGUGAGCGCGAGGAUGAGAGGCAGGGGGAGCAGGGGGAGAAGAGGGGGGAGGCUUGUGUGGGGCUGGUCUAGACCUUUAGCAGGCUCAGGGAUGGUUAACCCUCAGCAGCCUCCGUAUCCUGUUUCUGCUCUUAGAGAUGCCGAGUUGCACAGCAGGGCAGUGCAGCAGCCGUCUUCCCUGCUCUCGUCUCGCUUGGAUUUACAGAGCAUGCCGCCGAAGGAGCCGUGGCUGUCUGAUCUGCACCCCCAGCCGGUGCAGUGGAAGGUGGACGGUGGAGAGGUGAUGCCCGUCCCGUCGUCACAGCAGCAACAUGGAGCUCCACAGCAGGCAGGGCUUCAACAGCACCACCAGAGAAGCUCAGGCUGGGCAGAUAUACCUUUGAUAACUCAGUCAGGCCCCACAUUGGUUCAGAGUUUAGACUCGUCACACUUGAAAGAGAGCACAGCUUCUGUUAUCAGCUCUCACCUGGCAUCUGUGCCAAAAAAGUCCAGUCCAUCAGCAGCGAGCGAGAUGGCACAGCACAGGCAGCACAAGACUGUUACUUGGAGUAGCACACCCACAUCCACAGUGCUGGCGUCCACCGGCGUUGUGAAGCAUGAUAUCUCUCUUCCCUCCUCCUACAUUGACGGGGCUGCUCUGUGGAGUAUCAGGCCUGCUCCACUGGUAAAUUCACAGAGCUCUCCAAACAAGCUUGGUCAAGAGCUUCAGCUGCCACGAUGGCCAGUUACCCCCGUGUCAUCCCAAAAGGAGCCGUCCACACCUCCUAAGAAAGAGGACCGAGUGUGGGACAUGAGCAAUCCUCAAGGAAUACCGUCGACUGUUAGCCAGCCAGAGAAGCCAUGGAACGGCUGUGAGCCACAAAAGCCGUGGGCUUCCGGCUCUGCAGGUGCAUCCACCUCAGCUCAAAUAGACCAAAGCAGUGCUAUGCCAAUUUCAACUCCUGUUUCUCAUGGGGUCGGUAGCACCUUGUGGGACAUACAGACACCACCAGGAAUUCCAAAGACUAUAAACUCCACUGAGAAAUUAGUAAAUAGUCAAGAUUUUCAGCUGCAGAAGCAGGUGUCAUCUGGCUGGGCCAGCGUGCAGACAGCGACACAGAAGGUUCCCAUCUCCAUUCAAUACGAGCCUCAUCGCUUCAGUCAGGGGCUGGGCACGCCGGUAUGGGGCUUCCAAAGUAACCCUGUGGGUCCUCAAACACUGCUCACUGGGCAGCUUAAACCAGGCAAUGGACAGGAGCUGCAGCAGCAACCAAUGGUAACGGGCACUCAAAUCAUCAUAAAUCAGCCUUCUCCUUUUUUUUCACCUCCACUUGCUCCACUCCCUCCUCUUGCUUUGCCUGGCCCUCACCCUCUUCACUCUGUCGCAGUUGGGGCACUUUCUAGACCUCCACACCCAAAUAUUUUUUUCACACCACAGGCAGUCAUGAGUGACAGGCCACACAUGCCACAGACCCUGCCCCUACCUCAACUUGCUCCUCGGACAGAACCUCACAAACUCGGACCCCGUUUGCCUUUUGCCCCAGAACGGCUUCUCCAAUGCAUGAUAUGCGGGUGCUCUCUUCCCCGGGAGCUGGAUCUACAAAUGCAUUACUUGCAACAUGCACAAGGAGAGAUCUGACAUUUCUGUACUAGCGACAAGACUUAGUUAUGUUUUAAUAAUUGUGAUUCGGUGGAACCUCAUUUAUUUGACACGCAGUGGUGUGGUUUGACCCAGUUAAGUGAAUGGAUGGGCAUUAGACACAAAAAGAGGAAGGUGGAACUUCAUUUAGUUUGCACACGAUGCACAUUUGAGUUUAAGUCUUCUAGCUCCAAAUGAAAUUGCACAGUGUGUUUACACUUAAAGGGUGUGUACAUGUGCUAUUAAAUUGGUUUCACUAUCUUUUUAAAUGCAUUUAAGUUAUCCAAAUACUUCUCGGGGUGCAGAUAAAUGAGAUUCACCGAUCUACAUUUCAUUUAUUGCCAAUGACAUUUAGAUUUAGAUAAUAUUAGUACUUUUAUAGUUCCGUUCAUAUGUCCUGAACCAUUUGUACUGUGUGUCUUCAUGUACAGUAUACUGUGUGCCUUUUAUGAGUACAGUCUGCAUGUCUGCUGUCUUGGUAUUCUAGGCCUAGUUUGUGCUUAAGGUAGACUCAACAAUGUGACCUCACUUCCAAAAUGCAGAGCAACUCUUUCGAAGAUACUGUAAAGAAAUGUGCGAUAUUGCUUUUGGAGUGGUGAUGGGAGUUGUUGUUCUUGCAGGUUACAUUCGUCAGAACAUACAAGGAAAAGCUGUACACGUACAGUAGAAUCCUGGCUGGGUCCAGAUAUCUCAUAAGCAAAGUUGUCAUCAUGGUAAUUUGGUCAAAGCAAAAGUGUCUCUCGACAGAAAUAACAUGUAAAGGUCAUUUCACAGUAAGAGUCUUCUGUAAAUGUAAUGUUUGGGUCAUUAUUGGUAACUGAAGAUUUGGCACGAUAACACAAUUAGUCAUGACACUGUUGUCGAAAAGUGGAUUUUAUGACAAACUUCGAGUUACGUGAUGUUUUGUCAUUAAUAUUUUUACAAUAUCAAAACAAACAUGAAAAAUAAGAAGUGAAUGUUCUACAUAAGUGUUGCAGUGGAUAAUUAGAUUUUAAACCAUUUUCUGGUUGGCCGUACAUAUUAUCUACUGUAAACUGAGCACCAUGUAAUGUGCAUCUCUUAACAGAAUUAAUAUUUCAGAUUGGAAUGUACCGAUAUUUAUAAAAUUCCACUUUUGAGUACUUAAAUGUAUUUUUGUGAAUAAUGAAUGAUUUCAUUCCGUAACUGUAGAUUUAGCAGACUACACAAACUCAUCUCCUCCGUUAUGAAAAAUGGGCAUUUGGUUAGCUUUGGUGGCCCAAUAAGUGACUGAAAAGCUUCAUUACUACUGUAAAAUAAACACAUCCGUUCAUUUGUUUAAAAAAAAAAAAAAAAAAGGAAUUAAAAAAGAAAAAAAAUCACGUUCCUGUGCAUUUUAACAUUCACCGAUUCAAAAACGUGCCCUUCUACCUCUAUCCACUGUUUUAGCAUGGAAGAUUUUCCCAUGAUGUCUACAUAUUGGAUUAAAUAAAACCUGCCUUUGAUUAUAA